UUUUUUUUGUUGUAAGCAAAACUGGUUAUCAAGUUUUGCCACCCGCCGCCCUGGACUGAAGCAAAGAAGAAAAGGAAAAAAAAAAGGGUUCAUAUAUUUGAAGGGCUCUUGUUUAGGCUUUUGGCUUUUGGGUUUUGUUGAGAGUCUCUCUUUCGUUUAUAUUGUUUUCCAAAUUCAUUUUCUUUUUCUUUUUCCCCAUUCGAAACUUCUUCCUUUUCCUUCUACUAUUUCUUUUCAAACAACAGCCCCAUUUGCUUUGAUUUGCUUUUGUUUAAUUUUCUUGUUCUCGAAAUAGACUUUGGAACAAGACCCAGUAGUGUUUUUUGUGUGAACUCAAAAUCCCAGAAAAGAAAAAGAAAAAGAUAAAGAAAAAGUUUGAAAGGGAAGAAGCAGCAGUGGUGGGGGGAACAUAAGGCUUCGUGAAAACCGUCAUUGUGAACAAGUAACACGUUGGCUUUCUCUGUGUGGACGGCAGCAGCAGUCAGAGCAGAGCCAUAUUGUUUUGUUUUUUUGGUCUUUGUGAGGUCCAAACAUGAAGUACGUACUGGUGACUGGUGGUGUUGUUAGUGGACUUGGCAAAGGGGUCACUGCAAGUAGUGUUGGUGUGCUCCUCAAGGCUUGUGGCCUUCGCGUUACUUCUAUUAAGAUUGAUCCUUAUUUGAACACGGAUGCGGGGACUAUGUCUCCGUUUGAGCAUGGGGAGGUGUUUGUCUUAGAUGAUGGUGGUGAGGUGGACCUUGACCUCGGAAACUACGAGCGUUUUCUGGACACAACACUAACUCGUGACAACAAUAUCACAACUGGAAAAAUAUAUCAGUCUGUUAUUAACAAAGAGAGAAAAGGAGAUUAUCUUGGAAAAACUGUCCAGGUUGUUCCACACAUCACUGAUGCUAUCCAAGAGUGGAUAGAGCGUGUGGCAGUGGUACCAGUUGAUGGGAAAGAAGGUCCAGCUGAUGUUUGUGUCAUUGAAUUGGGAGGAACUAUAGGGGAUAUUGAAUCCAUGCCAUUUAUUGAAGCACUUGGUCAAUUUUCAUAUCGUGUUGGGCCUGGCAAUUUCUGUUUGAUUCAUGUCAGCCUCGUUCCUGUUCUUAAUGUUGUUGGCGAGCAGAAAACAAAGCCGACACAGCAUAGUGUUCGGGGACUUAGAGGACUGGGUUUGACACCAAAUAUUCUAGCUUGCCGCAGUACCAAGGCACUGGAUGAAAAUGUAAAGGCGAAGCUUGCUCAGUUUUGUCAUGUGCCGUCAGAUAACAUUGUCACUCUGUAUGAUGUCCCAAACAUAUGGCAUAUUCCUUUGCUAUUAAGAGAUCAGAAGGCACAUGAAGCAAUCCUGAAAGAACUGAACCUUCUUGGUGUUGCUAGAGAUCCUGAUUUGAAGGAGUGGACUGCUAGAACAAAACUCUGUGACAAGUUGCAUGAUACAGUCAGAAUUGCAAUGGUUGGAAAAUAUACUGGCCUUUCAGAUGCUUAUCUCUCUGUUUUGAAGGCUCUUUUGCAUGCCUCUGUAGCUUGCCACCGGAAACUUAUUGUGGACUGGGUUGCCGCAGGUGACCUCGAAGAUGCAACUGCUGAUGAGGCUCCAGAGGUCCAUGAAGCAGCAUGGGAUCUUUUGAAGGGUGCUGAUGGUGUUCUAGUUCCAGGAGGGUUUGGUGACAGAGGAGUUCAAGGGAAAAUUCUUGCAGCAAAGUAUGCUCGAGAGAACAAAGUUCCAUAUUUAGGAAUUUGCCUGGGCAUGCAGAUUGCUGUUAUUGAGUUUGCACAAUCCGUUCUUAAUUUACAUGAAGCUAAUAGCACGGAGUUUGAUCCCAAAACGAAAAAUCCUUGUGUCAUAUUUAUGCCAGAGGGUUCGAAAACUCAUAUGGGGGGAACCAUGCGAUUGGGAUCAAGGAGAACUUGUUUCAAGGUUGCAGACUGCAAAUCUGCGAAGUUAUAUGGCAAUGUAAAUUUUGUUGAUGAACGUCAUCGUCAUAGAUAUGAGGUCAAUCCUGAUAUGGUAUCACAACUUGAAAAUGCUGGUUUAUCAUUUGUUGGCAGAGAUGAAACAGACCGGCGAAUGGAGAUUGUGGAGCUGACUAGUCAUCCAUAUUUUGUUGGUGUUCAAUUCCAUCCUGAGUUUAAAUCUAGACCUGGAAAGCCUUCUGCGACAUUCUUGGGACUUAUAGCAGCGGCAUGCGGGAACUUGGCAACUGUUCUUCAGGGCAAUGGCCAUGUGAACAAGUCAGUUAGCAAUGGAAUAAGUAACGGACACUCACCGGCCAAAGCCCACCAAAACGGACAUGCAAACAAGUCUUCCAAUGGGUCGGUAAAUGGUGUGUAUAGCAAUGGAAAUGGUGUGCACUGGUAAGCGUGUUGAAGCCUGGUAAUAUUUGUUUUCCUGGUAGGGCUUGUGGCAGUAGUAGGUAUGUUGCCGUCGGUUCUGUCUGUACAGCUUUUGAGUAUGGGUAGGAUGGUUUUAGCUCUCUCAUGGACAUUUGUUUUGAAAGAGUGAAGCUCGAUUUUGCUUUCAGGGCACGGCUUCUUUGUGCUGAGAAGAUUUGGCUCGAAGUAGGAAUGUUGCUUCUUUGGACUAACUCUUGUCCUUACUUCUUUUCUUUUUACCUUUUUUACUAAUAUAUGUAACGUGGAGAGUUUUUUUGGCCAUGUGCCACGUGCCAUGGAAAAGGGACAUUUUGAUUUUCUUUUAAUUAUGUGUUUUUGAAAGAAUAAUUUUGUCUUUUCUUUUUCUUCACAUUGUGAAAUAAAUAUGUUUGUCACCAUAGUGUUAUGAACUAAUUAAUAGUGAAAUCUUAAUGACUAAUGAGUAUACUUGAGCGCA